AUGGAAGAUUCAUACUUCCACUCCUACGAGAAACGAUGGCACCAUUUCUUCGAUACAUUCCGCACAUCGCUUCCCCAUCCCAGGGAUUUUCGGAUGGGUCUUGGCCCGGAUGAGUAUGAUGCGACGCCCACAAAGUCUUCAAUGCCGUUUGAUCGCGAAGGAGAGAUUCGGAUGGGGCUUAUGGCUGAGCGGUAUAUGGGGUUUUAUUUUGAUGGCUGCUACGGCUGGGAUGAGAUUGAUGAGGAAGAUACGUAUAUGCGGAUGCCGCCGGGGUGUGAUGAGGAGGAUCGUGUGGCUUUGAGGGCGUUGUUGAGGGAGACUGGGCAGGCAGAGGGGGAGGGAGAGGGAGAUUGGGAGGUGCGGAGGGAUGGGGUCGCUCAUGUUGUUAAGGAUUUUGUGCAAACUAAGUGA